GUGAAAGUGACCCCCCAAAAAAGUGAGUGUUAUUAGAAUUCUCUACUCCAUCCGGUUUGAAGGAAUCAUCACUGCGGAUGGUGGAAAUGUGCCCGGGUCCGAGUUUGAGGAAAGCAGUGACAGCGUAAUCGGAAUAAAGAUGGACGCCAACAGCAAUAAAGUGCAAACACUUCGUCAACAGUUUGAGCAGAAGAACUAUGAGAAGGCGGAACAAGUUGAGAAUGCCACAGGGCUCACACUUAACAAGUACCCCUCAUCAAUUCUCAGGUCUCCCACGAAAAACAGUAAUAAAUCAGCCGAGCUGAUUGACCAUCGUCCCUCUUCUACAAAUCUGAAGAACGACAUUCUUGAGGUGGCUGCGAAUCUGACAAAUAAUUCUCCUAUUGUGGUGGAAGAUGUUCGACGGAAUGGUAUUUACGUAAGCAAUUCCAUCACCCUUUCCUCCACCGAUUUCCAACAGCAGCAUCAGUCAAACGAGCAGAGACAAAAUCAAGCAUCGGCAAAGACAUCGCCAGCAUGCAUUAUUCCUCCCUCUUUGAAGAGGAGACCAAUGGUCCUUGAUCUGCAUCAGUGUGACAAUGACGGCUUUAUCGAUGAAAUGGAAGAUUGUCACCCGAAUAGUAAAAAUGUGAGCAAUGGUGGUGACGAUUUGAGCAUAACGAGCAGCAGCAGCUCUACAUGUGUCAAUUUGAUAAACAAUCCAACCUGUGUGGUUGGGGAUGUGACGAAAGAAAUUGACUGUCAACCUCAAGCCCUCACUCCGACGUCGAAUUCUUCCUCCGCCUCGUCCGGUUCCGGUUAUGGGAAAGUCAAACGGAGCAAUGCCUUCAGAGCGAAGGACACCUCGUCUGUCCCCACCACGCCAAAUGGUAAUAACAACCCUGCUAAAGCUGCUGCUGCCAAUAAUGACUCUCGUUCAAAGGCAAAAUUAGUGUUGGAGAGAGUAAAGUCGCUGGAUACGUCGUCGUCAGGUAAUCAAACUGGGUCAUCCAACUGUAAUAAUAGCGAUCUGAGUGGAAGUGGUAGUAUUUCCCAUCUCAACAAUAAUGAGAAAGGGAUUCCUGCCCAACGAGCUACGAGUGUUUGUCUUCGCCCAAGUCAGUCGUCGUCUCAAAUUUAUGUAAAAACCCAGUCGUCGUCUACUGCCCAAGUUACAAAGGCAGUAAAUAUUGUCACCCCGUACCAAGUUUCGGAUAUUUAUACCCAGAUUCGAAAAGGGUCUCUACAGUCUGCACAAACUGGGAGGAAUAAGCCACCACAGGAGGUAGAGUACGCAGUCCCCAUUAUUACGAGGAAUAACACCCAACUUCGCAACAAUGGGCUGAGACAGACACCAAUUUCACCCCCAAAGAUUCCUCCACCUCCGCAAAACUAUCCACCCUCAGCCGUAGGGAGCAAGGACCAACAACAACACCACAUCGGAUUACCUGGUUCUGACUCCGGAUAUUCUUUCCUUCAACCAAAACAUUUGUCCUAUGAAGAGAUUGGGAGCAGUAGUCAGGGUCAAGGUCAGUCCCAAGAGAUUAAGAUGAAAAUGUCGACCGGUGGCGUCGAUCCAAAUAGCAGCAGUGAGAGUGCAAGUUGCAGGUCCAUGAAUAGUACACCUUCCACCAAGGGCCUACCGCCGGAUAAGCCGCCACGCACAUUCCUCUACGACAUUUUGACGGAUCAUCGACAACAGACUGUUAUGCCCCAAAAGCAGCAACGAGCCGCUGCACACGUAACUAACAACAAGUCCAAUAAUAGUAGCACUAAUAGUAAUCACGAGCUUUACAUGGAAACUAUGAACAAGUCUGUGGUGGUAGCUGGGGCCCUGACAGAUGGAAAUAACUCAAACUCUUUUACAGCAACUCCUUCGAAUCGAAAUGCCAAUCAAAGCCAGACGAAUAAUGCCAACAAUGGUGGUAGUAAUGCGAACCCAAAGCGUCAAUAUUCCUCGUCAUCUUCCUCAUCCACCUUAACCUCUUCCACGACGAGCUACAAACAGCCACAAAGUGGUCGAGGAAAUAUCUCCGUCUCGACUGCUACAGUUCGGCAAACAAAUAAAUCAAGUUCCAAUCUGCUGAAUAAAAAUCAGAGUCAAAUGAUGAACAAUGGUGACAGCAAUAGCAGUGCUGCUGAUACCACUCAGAAAUCAAAACUCGCCACAACAAUAGCCGCAUCCAUGUCAGUCUUCACGGCAGCUACAGUUCAUGCUAAUGAAAAUCCCCACAGUAGUAACGGUGCCAACAACAAUAACAAUAAUAUUAUUGUUUCCAAGAGGGGAGCGGAACUCCCCGUUGUUUAUUCCAUAGCCCCAAACCACCAUCCACCAUUGGUUCGGUCAAAAACUGAAUCUCAGCUCAUCGUAAAAAGUAAGAGUAAUUGGAACUACCCCAACGCAACGUCCGUAGACUCAGAGUCCAUUAGUGGUGGAAACCAUCAUAAUCCUUCAACUCUCACAAUGAGCAAUUACGACUACGGAUAUAAAACCUUGGCCAAUAAUGCAAAUGCAACACCAUUUCAUCCCAGUAAUGCCAAUUCCACCGCCGCCGCCGCCGCCGCCACCACCACCGCGACAAUUAAAGGCAAUCGGAACAGCAAUAAUUACUAUUCUCCCCCACAUCAUCACCAGUCACAAAACCUGCUCAAUAAUCAUCGCCUCUACGAUGGCCUACCGCAGUACAGAAGUUCGACGAAUCUGCUAAAAUACAACAACCGGUAUCCCUCCAAUCCCGGUCUGUAUCAAUCCUCCUCGACGACAACGACACCAUGGAAGGAUCACGAACAUGGCCUGCCCCCCGCGAACAACAAUGCCCGCUACCCCCACGUUUACCCAAGUCACAAUCACCAUCGUCAUCCCCACAUCCAUGACCAUAGGAGCAAUUCUCUCAUCUACAUGACAGACAUUGACCUGGAGGGCUUGAAACGCAGCAGAGAGAAUAAAUCCGCAGAGGGGAAUAAUAAUAAUAAUAAUAAUAAUAAUAGCAUAAAUAAUAAUCAUAACGAUUCAGUUAUUAGCAAAAGUGUGAAUGUGAACCGGUGUUCGAGUGAUGACAGGCUGUGUGAACGAUCAAAGUCCGAGUGGACUUUAAGCCAUUAUCACCACCAAGCACAAAAUGCUAAUAAUUCCGCCGUCCUCGCCGCUCCUCGUUCCGCCAUCCACGCGAUGGGGAUGAUGGGAACAGCAGCGGGUCGGAGAAAUACGGUCAGCGUGACCUCGACCACGACUACGACCGGAGGGGGAAACAGCACCGGUCACCCAAGCCUUGAAUCUACCGCUUCCUCAAACGUCUCCUCUCUAACGACGCAACCACAUCCCAACAAUAGCGCCACAAAUAACAAUAACAAUAAACGUCCUGGGAUUCAACAGUCGAUUCAGAACCUGGUGAAUCAACUAUUUUCGGCCUCGUCCACAAUAAAGGAUGCCACUUCUAGUACAGACUCUGGUAUUCAAUUGGGGUCUGAGAGUCUGUCGUCCUGUGACACACCUGUUGGUGACUCCACCACAGACACUGGCGACUCGGACUGUGAAAAUGAUGGCGAAACUAUAAAUACAGCGAGACAGGUGGUCGAAGCCCGUAAAGGAUACGUGCGUCGAGUAUCCAGCAUCCGAGUUCAAGAAUUGGGUGCCUCCCUGAACAGACUGAUUCAAAAUAGCAAGAAGCCUCACUCCACAGAACCAUUGUUUGAAUGUCUACUGGUCGUUGGAUUAAAUCGUGAUCCUUACACGGGCGUAUAUCACUCGUACAUUCGAGACAAGUUUCCACCAAAUGCCAAACUUCCAUCGGGCGUGGAACAAUUUUGCUUUCCUGAUUCACUGGAAUGGCCGUGUCACGAGGGAACCUCUGCUCAGUUUUACACCCUGGCAAUAACCGAUCAAAGAGGGUCGAGAAAGUUUGGGUGUUGUUAUCGGAUCCUGCCCGAGGGGGCGAAUAUCUGUAUUCCAAUCACUUACUGUGUCAUCAGCUCACACCGAGCCAUCGGAUUUUACAGAGAGGUCUUGAGGGAAAUCACACUCCGACAUGGGUACAGUGAAUAUCAGAAGCGCUUUUGGAUGGAGGAACUGUACAAAAAACAGUUUCCGCUCACGGGUGGAAAUAUCACAAUCACCGAGCCCACCGUGGAAGAUUUAUAUCAAUCUCAACACCAUCAUCAAGGCCAUGAUUCUACCGUAAUCACCAACUGCUACAACAACUUUUCCCUGUCUCCUACCAAGACAGUGAGCAUAAAACGACGAGUGGAUCACCGUUUGGAUGAAAUAGAUCUCGUCACACUGCUGACCACUGUGGAUUCGGGGAUAGUGAUCAAGAUAUUCGGUUCUUUGCUUUUGGAAAGGAAAGUGGUCGUCAUUAGUCGAGCUUUAAGUACUUUAUCCCUGUGUGUGGAAGCGCUGGAAUCCAUGGUCUACCCUUUUAGUUGGCAACACACAUUUGUUCCAAUUCUUCCCUUGAACAUGACUGAUGUCCUGGAUGCACCUGCACCAUUUCUAAUUGGAGUACUUCGAAGCUCUCAAACUCCUUGGGAUAAAACCUUGGAUGAGGGCAUCGUGGUGGAUCUUGAUCAAAAUAAAAUCAUUAGCUGUGUUGGAGAUGAGGGCACCAUUCUACCCAAACGGAUCCACCGGAAAUUACGAGAUGCUUUACAAUUGGUGUUGAAUCUAACUGACCAAAAGGAAUCUACGAAAAAUGUUCUCAUCAGUGAAUGCUUUAUUCGAAUGUUUGUGGAAACCAUGGGCCAUCAUGCUCAUCACCUUGUAGUCCAGCAAGAUGGGAUGAAGAUAUUUGAGAGAGAAUCCUUCGUCAAGUCAUGUGAUUCAAAAGCUGUGCAAAAUUUCUUGGAGUGGUUUUCAGAAACCUCAAUGUUUCACGAGUUUACACAGUUGCGGUUAAGGAACACACAUCAACAUGGUUUAUUCGAGCAACGUGUGAUGGAACAAUAUGAGCAAAACCAAAGUCAACAUGCUGCAAGUGGUGGGACUCCGCUUUCGUUUAAGAACGCCAAACUUUUCAUGAACCGAACUCGACCCUUUGGGAACUGGCUGAAAGAAGCUUUCGUUAAGUAGUCGUCGUAACUUCAAACUCAUCAGAUGCCAAAUAUCCAAAACAAAAUUAUUGCAGUUGAUUAUAUAAGUAAAGCUACAAUUAACUAUACUUUAGUUAGGUAGAGUAUUGCACAAGUCGUCGCGUCAAAAUUCCUGUCAGCGGAAGGAGAUUCAUAAUUGCUAAUAAGUAUACAUACAUACGUAGCUAGCAACUCUACUUUGUAAGUCUAGCUACACAAUAGUUUUAAAUAAUUCCCACCUUCACACAAAAUAGAUUGUACAAUCCCUAAUUGUUCAACCUCCGCUACUAAAUACAUGCAAUAGUAAUAUUUAAAAUAACUGAACAAUAGUCAAUUAGAGAAAACAGUUUACUAUAUGCAUAGAUACACAGAUGAUAAAAAUUCCACGUAAAUAUUGAAUCUCGCAACAACAACUGGAAUACAAAUGUCUUCAACUUUUUUGAAGUAGUACAAACUCAAACUGAACAAUCAUAGGCAAGGACAUGUCUUUGAUGUUUAUUAAUUAUAUAAAUAAAUAUAUAUAUAUAUGAAUUACUGCUAAAGCCUUGUUCUGCCUUUCUCUCUUUAUUACUUGUACGUUCAUUGUUAAAGUUUAUGAUUUUUUUUAGUCUACUGAUUUGCCAAAUAUUUUUAUAAAAUGUCUUGUAUAAUCAUUUUUCGGUUAGAUUAAUCUACAUAUUUGGAUAAUAAAGUAUAUAAUAUUACUUCGGUUCCUUGUGAACUUAUCGUUCAACUUUAUCAAGUUGGUAAGAACUAUGGAAUCACAACCGCUGUAAAACAAUAACCAAGUUAUGUAGUCUUUCUUCCAACGAGGUCUUUUCCAUAUAGCCAUUCAAUAGUAAGUGUAAGUAAACUGUUGAGACACAAAAACAGAUGAACUGACACGACACGGUGUACAUAAUAGCCUUCAUUACUUGGUUAUUGUCAAUUGCAACCAACUCGUUAUGCAUUAAGUCAAAUUGUUAUACAUAUUUGCAAUACUGAAUAAAAAUGCAAAAUACAAAAUA